CCAAGACAACUGAAAGUCCUCUUCCCCCACCCCCCCUCUCUCUCUUUCCCUGCUCUCUCUCUCUCUCUCUCUCACACACACACACACACACACCGCGCUUCCGUCUUUAGAGAGAAGCCCUAGGGAGGAAGGCCGCCCAGGGGUUCUCUUCUUCGCCUCCUCGUCGUUGGGCCAGCUCAGGUUCUUUUCAUCUGGAAAACAUCGAAAUCGCGAUUUUUGGCUUAUAUAAAAGAAGCAGAUUGUUUCCAUCACCAUUUCCCUUGCUCAUGCUUAUCAGCAUCUGCAAGUACCAGUGGAGUGUCAUGGAUGUGAAAAUUGGGUGCAAUUAGUUCAUUAUCUACAUGUGCAAGCUUAUGACAUUGAUGAUGAUAAUGGGAGCCGAACUUGUCAAAACAUAUUAGCCGCUUGCUCUUCAUUUGGGAUUUAGAAGACUCUCUCUCUCUCUCUUAUAUGUUGCGAUUUUGAAGAGACCUAACAAUAGGUUUGAGGUUGAGGCUUGUGAUUUCUGUGUUGUCGCCUAUGUUAUGUUCAGUUAUGAGAUUGUUGGUACUUCCCAGGGUUGCUUGAGAGUGUGAGGAACAUGAGCCUGGUAGGACUUAGAGAGUAUGUAAGGAACCCAAGGAGGAGGAAGGUGGCACUAGAUUUAGACCUCAAUAUGGAACCUGCAGGGAACCCGGAUCAGGAAGGCAAUUCGGGUCAUACCAAUUCUCAGAAUGUGCAAGCUGGACAACAAGGAGGUUCUGUGCUACCCCUACCAAUUGAUGUAGAUUCGUUUGAUGAUGAUGUUGUAAUAUCCUCCGCCAGGGCAUUUGCAGAAGCUAAAAACAAUUCUAGGAGGAACCGUCAAAACACUCUUGUAGUUGAUUUAGAUUCAGAAGAAAGGGAGGUUGGUACUAGUAAUCGGAACAAGCGGAGGAGAGUUUCUUCAAGCCAAAUAAUCAUAAACUGUGACCUCUACGUAAGUCUGGAAGAGUAUGACAUCCCCAUGAAGAACAAGAAUGUUGAGAGCAUGGAACCUUCUUCACUGCCGCCUCCACCACCAAAGGAACCAACCUUUAGCUGUCCAGUAUGCAUGGGCCAAUUUGUUGAGGAGAUGUCAACUAAGUGUGGUCACAUUUUCUGCAAGUCAUGCCUCAAGUCUGCAAUAGCUGCUCAGGGUAAAUGUCCUACCUGUCGAAGAAAAGUCACCAUGAAAGAUACCAUCAGGGUCUACCUUCCUGCUGCCAAUUGAACGAGGAAGAUGCAUCCGGGGUUGCAUUGCAAGACGAGGAGAGAAUGGGAACGGUGGCUGGCAUCCAUCCAAGCCAUGACUUUUAUUUUCGGGUCAUGCAACUGUAUGUUUAUCCGUCUUUGGUGGGUUGUUUUUUUUCUUAUCAAACUAUUGAAUUUCAGUCUGUUGGAUUUUGUUUGUUGUUGUUCUUCUAAGUUACUUCUAUAUCCAAAUACUAUACCAGUACCUCCUAAUCGUAAAGCAAAGAUAUGGUUAUUGGCUCUAAGCUACUAAAGGAAAA